AAAUAACUUAAAGAGUGUAAUUGGAUUGUUUGUAACUCAAAGGACAAAUGCCUAAGGGGAUGGAUACCCCAUUCCCCAGGAUGUGCUUAUUCCACAUUGCCUGCCUGUAUCAAAGCACCUCAUGCACCCCAGAAGUAUAUACAAGUACUAUGUACCCACAAAAAUUUUAAAAAAUUAAAAAAAGAAUUUCUGGAUCAAAAAUGGUUUUCCAAUUUACAUUUCCCUUAGCAUCUCCAGUAGAUCCAUGUUUUAUAUAAUACUUGGUAUUGUCCCACUUCUUAAUUUUUACUCAGUUACUUAAUUUUUACCCAAUACUUAAUCGAAUGGGUAUAAAAUGGUAUUUUGUCAUUUUGAUUUUCAUCUCCUUGUUUAUUAGCAAGAUUGAAUAUUUCUUCAUGUUAUGAGCACUUUGUUUUACAGGUGGUACCCUGAGGCUUAACCUACCCAAACUCACAAAGAACCAGAGCCAGGACUCUGAUUCCUGAGGCUGAGGUAUACUGCUGAGCUUUUAAGUAUUUGCAUGCUUGCAUUCUAUCUUUAUAAAGUGGCUUAAAAGGCUAUUUCCCCCUCAACCCAAAUCUGUAGUAAUUAGCAACAGGAACUGUUUCAGUAAUGUUCCCACUUCUGUCAGACUCUAAGACAAAGCAAGAUGCAAUGCCAGGUGCCUGUGGCUCUGCAUUAGAGCACGCGGAAGCUCUCUGCUGGUCUGAAUGCCUGCCUCAUGUUCAGUCCUCUCAUCACAUUCCUUCUCCUGUCUCUGGGAUAGUUCCUGGACUUCAGACACUCAGGAGCAUUUCUGGUGUUUGAGGAGUUGGUGACCUUUGAGGAUGUGUUUGUGGACUUCAGCCCGGAGGAAUUAAGCUCCCUUAGUGCCGCUCAGAGAAACCUCUACAGGGAGGUGAUGCUGGAGAAUUACCGGAACCUGGUCUCCCUGAGGUACCAGUUCUCUAAACCUGACAUUAUCUCACGCCUGGAAGCGGAGGAAUCACGUGCAAUGGAGACAGACAGCAGACAUACAGUGAUUUGUCAAGGAGAGGCUCAUGACAAUCCAUUGGAACCACACCAGGGCAACCAAGAGAAACUUUUGAGUCCUAUAAAAAUGAAUGACCCCAAGACCCUCACUCAGGAAAGAAGCUGUGGCAGUGAUGAAUUUGAGAGAAGCUCUACUCUUAGUGAACAAUCCGAGGAUCCUCUAGGAAAGGAUCCCCAGGAGGACACUGCUCCUGGCAUAUGUACAAGGCCCCGGUCAGCUUCCCAAGAUAACAAACACAACAGAUGUGAAUUUUGCAAACGAACCUUUAGUACUCAAGUAGCCCUUGGGAGACACAAACAGAUCCAUACUGGGAAGAAACCCUAUGAAUGUAAACAGUGUGGUAAAGCCUUCUAUCUCAUGCCACACCUCAACAGACAUCAGAAGACCCAUUCUGGUAGGAAGCCUUCCAUCCAGUGUGCGAAUCUCUGUGAACGUGUAAGAAUUCAUAGUCAGGAGGACUACUAUGAAUGUUUUCAGUGUGGCAAAGCUUUUCUCCAGAAUGUGCAUCUUCUUCAACAUCUCAAAGCCCAUGAGGCAGCAAGAGUCCUUUCUCCUGCGCUGUCCCCCAGCAAGACAUACUUAAUUCGUUAUCAGCGGAAACAUGACUACGUUGGAGAGAGAGCCUGCCAGUGUUGUGACUGUGGCAAAGUCUUCAGUCGGAAUUCACAUCUCAUUCAGCAUUAUAGGACUCACACUCAAGAGAGGCCUUACCAGUGUCGGCUGUGUGGGAAAUGUUUCGGCCGACCUUCAUACCUCACUCAACAUUAUCAAUUCCAUUCUCAAGAGAAAACUGUUGCAUCCAAUCACUGUUGAGAAACCUUCAGUCACAGCACACACGUUUCUCAACAUUUUUGGCUUCAUCCUAGAAAGAGUGUUCUGAAUGUGAGAAGGCCUUUCACUAGCCCCCACACCUUUUUAACAACUUGAAAAUUCAUCAAAGUGUGGU